AUGUCUGAAAGUGAUCUGGAACGAGAGGGAAGACCAGCAGCUAGACUGGAUAAAACUCAGAUGGAUGCCUUGAUAGCUACUCUUAUGCAUGAGAUGGAUAAAAAGCUUGAGUUUGCUGGGGUUACCCGUUCUACUAAUGAUGUUUUGGGUAAUACUUCACAGGUUAGGAGAGCAGCUAGGGAAAAGAGGAGAGGAAAACGACCUACCGUUGCUAAUGAUCUAGACUCCUCUUCUGGACGUAGCACAGAUGAAGAUCGAACAGAAAGGUCCAUCAGGUCAGGACGUGCAGCUUCUCAAACCAGAUCAGACCGUGCAAUGUCUCAAACUAGACAUACUACUCGACGUGCACCAAGGGAGAGACCUGAUGAUCGUCUUGGGAACCUUAAGCUUCGGAUACCUGUCUUUGGAGGCACUAGCAAUCCCGAUGACUAUCUUGAUUGGGAGAAGAAGAUUGAAUUGGUGUUUGACUGCCAAGACUAUUCGGAAAAGAAGAAGGUGAGGCUUGCUAAACGCUUUGUGCCAAGCUAUUAUGGGAAAGAUGUGCAUCAAAAACUCAGAAGGCUUACCCAAGGCACGAGGGGAGUAGAGGAAUACUAUCAGGAGAUGGAAACUCUUAUGCUUAAAGGUGGUGUAGACGAGUCAGCUGAAGCUACCAUGGCUCGCUUCCAGGCUGGGUUAAGCAGAGAUAUUCAGGAUCGCAUAGAGAUGUAUGAGUAUGAGGAUAUCUUUGAGUUGCUACACAAGUCUAUCCUCAUAGAGCAGCAACUAAAGAGAAAGCAUCCAACCAAGGGUUCCUAUGGCAACAACUACAAGACGUCCACUACCAAGGAUGAGAAACCAAUUGUGAAUGCAAAGGAGGAACUCAAGGGAUAUCAGCGUGAUGAUAAAGGAAAGGCACCAGCAACCAGAGCAAGAGAUGUGAAGUGUUUCAAGUGUCAUGGUUUUGGACACUAUGCCAAUGAGUGUACCAACAAGAAGGUGAUGCUACUUUUGGAUAAUGGUGAUAUGAUAUCUGAGGAAGAGAAUGUUGAUGCCUCAGAAGAAGAGUUGAUAGACUAUCCAGUCCGAGCAAAGCUUGGAUUGAAAACAGGAAAGCAUCCUAAACCUUACCCACUUCAAUGGCUGAAUGAAGGAGGCGAGUUGAUGGUUACUGAACAAGUAAUGGUUCCUAUAACCAUUGGGAGAUACCAGGAUGAGAUAGUGUGUGACGUUCUACCUAUGGAUUCCAGCCACAUCCUCUUAGGAAGGCCCUGGCAGUUUGAUAAAAGAGCAAUCCAUGAUGGUUUUACAAACCGCCAUUCUUUCACCCACCGAGACAAGAAGAUUGUUCUAGCUCCCUUAUCUCCACAAGAAGUGCAUGAGGAUCAACUGCAGCUAAAACUCCGACGCCAAGAAGCCAAGAAAGAUUCAACUGAAUCACAUAAGAUGGGGUCUAAUCUUAUGGCCAAAAACAGUGAGGUUAAGAAAGCUUUCUUUCUUAAACAACCUUUACUUCUCUUUGUUUUUAAAGGUGCACUAACUGCUUCUAACCUUGCACCGGAGCUUCCGAAAGAUCUUCAAUUCAUCUUGCAGGAUUAUGGUGAUGUGUUUCCAGAAGAUAGUCCAGCAGGUCUGCCUCCUUUCCGUGGUAUUGAACACCAAAUAGAUCUGGUUCCAGGCGCCUCUCUUCCUAACCGGCCUGCCUAUAGGACCAAUCCAGAUGAGACCAAGGAGCUGCAAAGACAAGUGGAUGAGCUGAUGGAGAAAGGGCACAUCCGAGAGAGCAUGAGUCCAUGUGCUGUGCCAGUACUUUUAGUGCCCAAGAAAGAUGGAAGCUGGCGCAUGUGUGUUGACUGCAGAGCCAUUAACAACAUUACUGUGAAGUACAGGUAUCCUAUUCCUAGGCUCGAUGAUAUGUUAGAUGAAUUGCACGAAGUGCUUAGGAAGGAGUCUCUUUUUGCUAACUUCAAGUGA